GCAAAUCUAGGGUGUUUUUUAGAUCAAUUUUCUGGGGAACUUUCGAAUCGAUAAACAAUUCAACCGAUCAACCCUUUUCCCCCUCUUUUUUUUUUUUCUUCUGAUCGAAGGUCUGGGGAUUAAAGGAAGAUGAGAGAAGAAGGGAGUUUUGUUCGUUUUCGAUACGAACGGUCCGGUACAGGCUGUUCUUUGUACGUUUUUGCCAAAAAUGUAUAUAUAUAUAAAACAGGUACAAGAACAAAGUGCAGUACAGUACGAUCAGUCGUCCUUUUUUUCUCCCAAUGGAACAGAAUGCUCGAUAUUCUGCAAAGUCAACUAACAAAGGCCCCUGAAGGAAGCAAGGCUGGGAGUCAGGGACUCGUACCUCUUAUAGUUUUGGUUUAUGGGUUGCUUUGCCUAGCUUUGGGGUAUGUAUGUUUAUAUUUUGUUUCUACUUUAUGUCUUAUUCCCCCCUUUCUGCGGUGGGCAGAUUUGGCACCUGGGUGAGACGAUGGCGGGUGAUGUAUAUCUACAAUUAUCUGUACAACAAGG